UCUCCAGGGCCCACCCGGCAGCUGCCAGAGCCGCCAAGGCCGCGCCCGACCACGGCGAGGAGAGGACCAUGUGAAUGGACUCCGGAGCCUGGCGCCGCGCAGUUUUUUGAAGAAGCAGGAUGCUGAUCUAGACGUGGAAAAAGCCCAGUCCUGCCGCUGUUGUAGAAGACAUGUGGUGUAUAUAAAGUUUGUGAUAGUUGGCGGAAAUUUUGGAGUUUAGAUAAUGGGCUGUGUGCAAUGUAAGGACAAAGAAGCAACAAAACUGACUGAGGAGAGGGACGGCAGCCUGAACCAGAGCUCCGGCUACCGCUAUGGCACAGACCCCACCCCUCAGCACUACCCCAGCUUCGGCGUGACCUCCAUCCCCAACUACAACAACUUCCACGCAGCAGGUGGCCAGGGGCUCACCGUCUUCGGGGGUGUGAACUCUUCGUCUCACACUGGGACCUUGCGCACAAGAGGAGGGACAGGAGUGACAUUGUUUGUGGCCCUCUAUGACUACGAAGCCCGGACAGAAGAUGACCUGAGUUUUCACAAAGGAGAAAAAUUUCAGAUCCUGAACAGCUCAGAAGGAGACUGGUGGGAAGCCCGCUCGCUGACGACGGGAGAGACGGGUUACAUUCCCAGCAACUAUGUGGCUCCAGUCGACUCUAUCCAGGCGGAAGAGUGGUACUUUGGAAAACUGGGCCGGAAAGAUGCAGAGCGGCAGCUUUUGUCCUUUGGAAACCCAAGAGGUACCUUUCUUAUCCGCGAGAGUGAAACCACCAAAGGUGCCUAUUCACUUUCUAUCCGUGAUUGGGAUGAUAUGAAAGGAGACCAUGUCAAACAUUAUAAAAUCCGCAAGCUUGACAAUGGUGGAUACUACAUCACCACCCGGGCCCAGUUUGAAACCCUCCAGCAGCUCGUACAGCAUUACUCAGAGAGAGCCGCAGGUCUGUGCUGCCGCCUAGUAGUGCCCUGUCACAAAGGGAUGCCAAGGCUUACCGAUCUGUCUGUCAAAACCAAAGAUGUCUGGGAAAUCCCUCGAGAAUCCCUGCAGUUGAUCAAGAGACUGGGAAAUGGGCAGUUUGGGGAAGUAUGGAUGGGUACCUGGAACGGAAACACAAAAGUAGCCAUAAAGACUCUCAAGCCAGGCACGAUGUCCCCAGAGUCGUUCCUCGAGGAAGCGCAGAUCAUGAAGAAGCUGAAACACGACAAGCUGGUGCAGCUGUACGCCGUGGUGUCCGAGGAGCCCAUCUACAUCGUCACCGAAUACAUGAACAAAGGAAGUUUACUUGAUUUCUUAAAAGACGGAGAAGGAAGGGCCCUGAAGCUACCAAACCUGGUGGACAUGGCGGCCCAGGUUGCUGCAGGAAUGGCUUACAUUGAGCGCAUGAAUUACAUCCACAGAGACCUGCGGUCAGCAAACAUUCUGGUGGGCAAUGGACUCAUAUGCAAGAUUGCCGACUUCGGAUUGGCCCGGUUGAUUGAAGACAACGAGUACACAGCACGACAAGGCGCCAAGUUCCCCAUCAAGUGGACGGCCCCCGAAGCCGCCCUGUAUGGGAGAUUCACGAUCAAGUCUGACGUGUGGUCUUUUGGAAUCUUACUCACAGAGCUGGUCACCAAAGGGAGAGUGCCAUACCCAGGCAUGAACAACCGGGAGGUGCUGGAGCAGGUGGAACGCGGCUACAGGAUGCCCUGCCCGCAGGACUGCCCCAUCUCUCUGCACGAGCUCAUGAUCCACUGCUGGAAAAAGGACCCCGAGGAGCGCCCCACUUUUGAGUACUUGCAGAGCUUCCUGGAAGACUACUUUACGGCCACAGAGCCCCAGUAUCAGCCUGGUGAAAACCUCUAAGACCCAGGUCUGCAGAGAGAGGCCUUGUCCCAGAGGCUUCCCCCUCCCUCCCCCUUAGCUUUCAAUUCUGUAGCCAGCUGCCCCAGCAGGCGCAGGAUCAGAUUGCAUGUGACUCCGAGGCUGACGAACUUCCAUGGCCCUCAUUAAUGACACUUGUCCCCACAUCCGAACCUCCUCUGUGAAGCAUACGAGACAGAACCUUGUUAAUUCUCAGACUUUGGAAAAUGCAUUGUAUCGAUGUCAUGUAAAAGGCCAAACCUCUGUUCAGUGUAAAUAGUUACUCCAGUGCCAACAAUCCUAGUGCUUUCCUUUUUUUAAAAUGCAAAUCCUAUGUGAUUUUAACUCUGUCCUCACCUGAUUCAACUAAAAAAAAAAAGUAUUAUUUUCCAAAAGUGGCCUCUUUGUCUAAAACAAUAAAAUUUUUUUUCAUGUUUUAACAAAAACCAA